CCCCUGCCGCUCGCGCUCGGCCAUGGCGGAGAAACGUUACUGCCAUCGCUCCACCGCACUUACGGUUGGUGAUGCCAUUCCCUGUUGGGUCUUGACGCAUCCUUGAAAUAUCCCUGUCCUGUCGUAAUGGUUGUCGUGGCACAUCCACACUUCAUUUCCAUCACGGGAUCCUUGUGGUGACCGCGACGUGGGAAAAGGACGCUGGGAAGACAUCGAGGUAGCUGGCUGCUCUGUCGCAGGAUCUCAGAACGCCGCUAACUGAGACAACGUCCGUUCGACAGCAGGGCUUCGCUUUCAGGGUAUUCCAGCGUUUUGCAUGAGGAAGGUCCCACCUGGCCUGCCUGCCGUCCCAUCCAGGAUGGUUUGGUCUUCGCUGCCGCCUUUGGUGGAGCACGAAGGGUGCUGCGUUCAUCUGUGCCGAAGCGUUACUUGGGCACAUAGCUGGGCUGACGUGAGGUGCUGAAGUGCCGCCCUGGCACGCUGCGCCACUUUGCCAUUGUGCACGCAGGUCUCUGUCUUGGGGAGAUUCAGGAGCCGUCACUGUCUCGCAGAAGAGGUUUGAACUGCAGAGAAUCUCUGCUCUGACAUUGCAGCAGUGUGUGAUUCGGGCGCUGAUUUUCCUGAGCAGUGCAGGAGAUUACCUGUGUGUCUUGUCCUGCGUUCAGUUCUUGCUCUCAUUUUUGCUCUUUCAGGUCCGUUUCCAUCCAUACCACUUCCCUCUGGCUACAGCUGGAGUUCGUAGAAAACGGACCCAUGCCAGGUAGUAUGGACAAGGCAAAGGAACAAGGAAUGCUUCUCUCGCUGAGUCUGAAAUACAUGUUAAACUAGCUCAGGAAACCACGUUAGUUAUUAAAGCAGUAACACUGGAAAGGGAAACCUUCCCUCUUUUUCCUCACUUUCUUGCAAGAGUGGUUUCAGCCUGAAGGGUUUUCUCUGGUAGUUCUCUGGACAAACAAUCUGCCUUGCACUGGGAAACAGCUUUGUCAGUGCCAAGAGCUCAGGCUCUUCCUCUGCCUGCGUUUUCUAAAACAUGGCUGUUGCUUUGUUCCGUGUGCUCAAAAACUUGAGUCCAGAAUUAAGGAGGGAGUGCCCGAGUCAUCCAGAAAUACAAAUGUGGGAGUGAGUAAUUGGUCAACCUCUGUGUAACUUUUGAGAGGAAAGUUAUUCUCAUGCCUGAGAAGUGGAGACUGGUGGAAGGAAACCAGCUGCUGGGAAGCAUAAAGUGAGAUUAAAGGAAUUUAGUCUCCCUUUUUUCCCCCCUGUGAUUAAACGGCCCAUGGAUGUAGGAGUCAUUUUCCAGCAUCAUGCUACACUGUUACAAUUAAUGGAGUUCACCACUGUGACUUUUCAUGGUGACCAAAACUGUCACCAGCAAUAGGAGCAUCUCCACCUUGGCCAAGAGCCGUUCUUGACCUGGAGAUGCCUGGUAGUGCCUCGGUGUUGCUGUCUUUCUGAUGGAUGUAAUGCUGUUGCAUUUUCUGCCUUCUGUGUGACAUUGGGAUUUGAGGUGUCAGACCACGGCUACCUCACCUUCAAACGAAAUACCUCCACAUCGCCUGGCAUCGGCAAUCAGUGUAAUCGGGAAUAUUCUCUCUGUCAUCAUUUUCGUAUUUAAGCCAGACCUGCCUUUCUCCCAUACUCCUUUGACUUUGACUCUUGUUUCUGUGGUCUUCUGGAUUUGUAAAUAAUCUGAGGGAUCAUUUGGUUUCAUACGUGUUUAAAUUUGGGUGUGGAAUGGGCCGUUUGCUUUGUCUAUCACUUGUUUCUUCUUUGCCCAAACGCAGCAGUGCCAGUUAUUUUACGGCGACCUCAGCUCACAGCAGUUCCCUCUUGCUCUAAUGUUACGUUACUGCUUUGGGGAAAUAAACUCAUGAUUAGUUACUGAAUUGUCAUCCUGUCGUACUGGCUGUUACUCUUCGUUUCAGCACCUGAUCAUUAACAUAAGAUCUCAUCGUUCCUGAAGUAUUCUUGACAUCUUUUCAAGCCAGCCCAUCCACUGCUAACAGUUUCAGUCUUUGUUUUCAAAAUCCUUGGCAUGCAGCUCCUUAUUGAUCCCCGUGUGAAGGAGGCACAAUCGAUAUAUAGACCGUUGUCUUGGGAAAGAGUUCUGGAGAUUGCUCAGGACUAGAGGGAGUAAGCGUAGACCUUGCCCUCAUCUUUUUCAUGAAACUGGGGUUGUUUGCUUGGAAGGAUUUGUUCAAGAAGGUUUUUUACUUGGUUGCAUUCCAGCAAGGCCCAACAAAGGGGCAUUGACGCUUUCCUGAGUUAUGAAGCCCUUUCCUGGUAUGGCUGUCCUCAAAAUGGAGGCUGUCCGAAUCCUUUCUGUCCCCUUCUUUCAUUAUCCCAUAAUUGAACUCCUCCCUUUCCUUCUAGUGCGCACAGUCGCUGGGGUCUGCCUGCAGCCAAAGCGGUCUCCAGCGGGGCUAUCAGACGCUCAGGGAUGGUGAAUUGCAGUGUGCGGUGUAUGCUCCAGUUGGACUAGAGGCAUGCUUUUUUCACCAGUCCUGGUAGAGGAAGGAGCAAGAAUUCCACAGCUGCUUCACAGAUCCUUUCCCUUCUUCCCUCUUGGUCCUUCUCUCAUAUGGUAGUAUCUUCUUCUGCUGCCUUCCAGGCCAACCGUUAUCUUAGUGGUAAUUCUACUUAGGAAAUAACUGCCUCUCUAGUCAUUAUGGAAUUUGCAAUAUAUGUGGUAGUACCUGAAGGCACCAACUCAGAACCCAAAGUCUGCGGUGGCUGUUUUGGUGUAUACUUUGCUCUAUUGUUAGAGGAUGAAUUUUCAUGUGAAGCUGUACUAUGUUUUCUUAAAUAAGUUGUAAGAGCCUCGUACUGAGACAUCGCAGAUGUCCCGGCUCCCGCUGAGUAAGUGAGGAGUGAUGGUGCACGGCUGAGACUAUUAAUGGCUGAGGAUCAUAAAAAGAUGUCAUUGGUGACUGGGGGACUGACACUAUGGUUUUCUUCCGCAGUCGGAUGCUCUCAGUCACCCAAAGGCAUUGGUUAAUUACCUGCUUGCUCCCUGCCUAGGCUGAACUUGAUGAACAGCAUUUCCAUGCCCAAGGAGCAGCAGAUGUUCUGGGUUGUUUUCCAGGCCUCAGCCCAUACUGCUGCCUGAACUUCUGACCGAACACUGAAUGCCAGAAAGCAGAGGAAACGAGGCUCCUGUGAUCAGCCUGUCUGUUCCCUUCUCCUCCCAACAUCGUCCGAACCUGUUGGUUGAUCCCCAUGCCGUAUGACAGAGGAGGAAAGUCUUAAAGAUGCCAAAGCUCCUACAAGUGUCCAUUUACCCAUUCUUGCAAUAAGGGUUGUGUCAAUGGGCUCAGCUGAUCAUCGACUGAACCUAGCAGAGAUCCUUUCACAGAACUAUGGUGUACGGGAAGAAAGGGAAGAUGAUGAUGAUACUCAGGAGAAGCAGAAAUCUUUAGAAGAGCUGGAGAAGACUUUCAGUGCCUCUCAGCUGGUGUUGUACUCGGUGAUUGUUCCAUUCCUGAUGAAGCUUUGUCCUCCUCUCGCUCAGAGCAGUGAAAUGCCAUUUGAGGAGCUGCUUGCGCUUUAUGGCUAUGAGGCAUCUGAUCCCAUCUCGGAGCAGGACAGCGAGAGCAAUGAUAUUACUCCAAAUCUCCCAGAUAUGACUCUGGAUAAGGAACAAAUAGCGAAGGAUUUGCUUUCAGGGGAAGAAGAGGAGGAGACACAGUCUUCAGCCGAUGAUCUGACUCCAUCCGUCACGUCCCACGAUGCAUCGGACCUAUUCCCAAACCAGCCUGGCUCAAACAAUUUCCUUGCUGAUGAAGACAAAGAGCCCUGUUCAUCUCCAUGUGCUUCCUCCAUGGCUGAGGACUCAGAGGAGGAUUCCAUCCCAUCUAACGAGUGUAAGAAGGAGAUCAUGGUUGGACCUCAGUACCAAGCCACUGUUCCCAUCCUCCACUUAAACAGGCACAGUGAAAAAGUACUUUUUAUGCUAGCCUAUGAGAAUGAAGAUCAGCUGCUUUGGGACCCAAACAUACUCCCUGAGAGAGAGGUUGAAGAGUUCCUGUACUGUGCAGUGAAGCGGCGAUGGGACGAGCUGUCUAGCAGCAGCCUGCCAGAAGGAGAGGUGGUGAAGGACAAUGAACAGGCUUUGUAUGAACUGGUUAAAUGCAACUUCAAUGCAGAAGAGGCACUGCGGAGGCUACGGUUCAAUGUGAAGGUUAUCAGAGAUGAGCUUUGUGCCUGGAGCGAGGAAGAAUGUAGAAAUUUUGAACAUGGCUUCAGGGUCCAUGGGAAAAACUUUCAUCUUAUCCAAGCAAACAAGGUCCGCACCCGGUCAGUGGGCGAGUGUGUGGAGUAUUACUACAUGUGGAAAAAAUCAGAGCGCUAUGACUACUUCACUCAGCAGACUCGUUUAGGAAGGAAGAAGUACGUCCUCCACCCUGGAGCCACGGAUUACACCGACAAUGACUUGGAUGGAGGUGAAGUAGAAAACACCAGUCGUUCUCGGAGCUCCCCACCAAUUCCCUCUGCAACUAGCUGCCUGGAUUCUCACUUUGGUCAAGAUCAGCUAGCAAUAGAGAGCACAGAACCCCUGAGCGUGGAGAGCACAGCCUGCAGCCUGGGCAGCAUGAGUGAAUCGGGGCAGGGCUAUGAGUGCAGUACUCCUUCGGAGACAAAUUGUUCCUUUGACCCGGCGGAGGAGACGUCCUCGGGCGCCAUCUCUGCUUCCUGCACACGAGACACUGUCACCCCCUCAGAAGCGGGGCUCUAUGCUCUGCCGCCGGCAGGACCAGGACUAGUAGAGAAGCAGGAGAUGUUGCAGAGCUCUGGUGAGACGAUAACUAUGGACUUCACUCUCCCUGCAGACAUUAAUGAGGAUUUGCCUUUAAUUGCUGGCCCUGUGGAUUUGGACAGACACCCAGAGGCGGUGGUAGCCCCUGCGCAAGUGUCCUUAUCGGUCACAGAUUUUGGCCUCAUUGGCAUCGGAGAUGUAAAUACUUUUCUGACUGCUCACCAGGCUUGCCCAGCGCCUGUGGCUCGGUCAGAGCCUUUGUCGCAGUGAGUCUCCAGUCACAAACUUGUCGCAGACCCAGCAAGGACUUUGACCUGACUGAGUGAAAUCCUGGAACUUCCACUGUUCCAUAGGGACGGUUUGGAGCUGUUGGUCAGAAUCCGUCUUUCCAUCCUCCUUGAUCCAAGGCUACAGUGAAACCAAACACCUUUCUGCUCUGGUGUGUUCUGACACAAUCACACAAAGCUGGUGGCUGGCUUUAGUGAGGGGGGAGGCCCAUCGCCCCCUGUUUCGUUGACCAUAUGUCACCCCAGGUAAUUCCAGGCUGUUCAGAGAGUCCCUGCCCUCGGGACCGGGGAAAGUCCCUCGGCUCCAGUGGGACAGUUUGAGUGCAGAGAUGCUUUGAGAACAGGGAUGUAUCACCGGCACGUCGGGGGCAGGGAUGGAGGGUGCAGUCUGGAGGUCUGAGAGCUUAGAAAAUCUGCAGGGAGCACAGUCCACCCAGGCUGCAGGGCAGUUUGCCUGCACAGAUGGGCAUGGUGAUGCCAAAGGACGAUGAGGAGUCUUGGCCCUUCACCCACAGACUGUUGUGAUAAAAGUCGUUCUCCCUCUUCCCCUCCCAGCAGCUCCCCUGCACUCCCCAGCUGUGAGUUGACAGGCAUGCACACUGCUGUUUUCAUGUCUCUCGCAGCUGUGUGUGUGUUCCCACUCGCUCCGCCACCAGCUGCAGGUGGGAUGUGGCCUGGUCCAGCCCUCUGGCAGAAGCGUCAGGCCUUGGAAAGGGAUACGGCGUGGUGCGACAGCACUGGGCACCGAAGUCCUUCUCACCUCCCCUUGUAGUGCUGGGCGGCAGCAAACUUGGACUAAAGGGAGUUUCUAGACCCACAGAGCGACGUUGGCCCUCAGAGUGCUGCUGCUUCCGUUACUGGAGGUGAAUGACUUGGUCCUUGCUGACUGCUGCAGUACAAGAGGGUGAAAUGCAGAUGGAAACAUCUGUAACUCCCCAGCUUGUUCAAACAAUUUGUCAGCUGCAGGAGGAGGAGGAGGAGGAGGUUGCUCAGUUCCCAGGGCACCAAGGCUAGUCACCAAGUCACCAGCGCUAGCACAGGGCACCCCUGCCCCCUUCUCUGUCACAAAAAAAAAAAAAAAGCGCUCUCUGCUGAGAGGAAAGUAUGUCUUUACUGCCGCUAGCGAUGUUUUGAGGAGGUGACACGGGUGGCCCUGCUCGGCAGCGAGGUGGCCAGCUGCUGUGCAGAGAGCCACAGUGGCACGUUUGUGGGUGUGCUGGAGUCCAGAGCCGCUUCGCUUCCUGGGUGUGUUCCAGGUCUGGGGUUUGCCACUGGCUUAAAUCCACAUGUUCUCAUUCCCCUUUUUUCCAUGCAGGGAAUGCUGUCUGCUGGGCAAGGCUCUGAUGCAGAUGUUCCUUCCUCCAGCCAUUUUCUGCAUUUGGGAAGGGGUUUGGGUUGAGUUCUUUUUGCUUGUUUUGGUAGAGGCCUUUGGGCAGUGAUCCUGCAGCUGCUUCUGCUGCCGGUGGAUUUGGAAGAUGACUAAAACCAUGAGCCCAGAUCCUCAUUCUACCCGGCCCUGUGAAGUUGCGCUCAGCCCUACAGUGGGAGCACGGAGACAGCAUCAGGCAGCUUCGCAGGAUGGCAGGAUCAGACCUUGUCUCUCAUCUUCCACGCCCCAGACCUGUUUUGGCUGCGUUAGCAGGGGUUUGCUUCAGUGCUCGGCCAGCUCUGCUGCGAGGUGCUGAGCCCCAGAUGCACACAGCUGCCUUGACCAGGCACCACUUUGUCAGCCAGAUGUGGUAACUGGAGGUCUCCCCUCUGGCUGCUCCCAGUUGCUGGAAACGGAAAGCAAAUACGAGUGCCCGCUCCAUAGUGGAACUGCCCAGGCUGUGAUUCCCCUUUUCUGGGGGGGAGAGGAAGCUCCUUGGCUGACGGGAGAAGAGGAGGCAGGGUGAGAGCACGGGCAGCCCUCCCAGGGAGGGCCAGGCCUUGGCAUCUCCUCUCCAUCAGCCAAGAACAUUCUUAGUUUUCCUGAAACCAUUUUUUUUCUUUGGUUUGUUUCAAGCCCUAAUGAAAGGAGAGGGGAGGCUGGGGGAGGCAGAAAUGUCUCUUAUUUAUGUUCUUCAGUGUUGUUUACAGAUGCGCAUGGGGUUUUUCAACAUGAGUGCGGCGCUUUUUCCACAUAACUUUAAGGGAGAGGGGUGGAAAGGGCUGGGACAGGGAGGGGGAGUCACUUGGGGAGGAGAUUUGGUUUUGGUUUUUUGUUGGGGUUUUUCUUUUUCUUUCUUACAAAGCACAUUCACUUUGAGCCGCUCCCAAUGCUGGACUCUUUCCCCCCUUCCCCCCCGCCCCAAGCCCUACACUGUGAAGUGAUACUGCC